AUGGAAGUUCGAAACAGUGAUCAGCUUCUGUCUCGGUUUUCACAAAAUACUGCUGAGAAACCUCACAACUAUCCAAGCCACAGCAAGGAUUUUGAGGGAAAUUUCGGCUUACCAUUAAUUCCGAAUGACUUACCACCACCAGUUCCAAUAGUUAACGGUAAUGCUGCUGAUUUUAUGGAUUUUAAGAGGCAGCAUGCAACUGAUUUAGCUUUCGUAGAUAAACCAUACGAUGCUGAAGCGGUUCGACAAGCUUGCAGCUCAUUGUAUUAUCGCUCGACAACGCCGAAAACCGUACUGAAAAACGCUUCACCAGAGAAAACUCCGAAGGUCAGAGAUUACUCCAAACUGGAGUCUGACCGCGCUCCAAUAAUUUUUACGCCAAAAAUAAUAUCUGCUUUUGAGCAGGAUACUAACAAAAACAGGAGAGCUGGACUCAAUGAAAAAAAUGCAAAAUUCUCAACUGAUGAAACUAAUCCGUCGGCGGAAGCUGUCCAACAUAGACUAAAAAGCAUGACUGUCGAAGACUCGGAGCCUGGUUGGCUGCAGAAGCAGGCUGCAGAAUUUGGAGAUGUUACCGGAAAUCGAGCAAAUUUCAUUGCAUCCGAAGAAAAAGAGGUUAAGCAUGAACAGUCUGAUGCUAGGAAGACCUUCGAUACAGCAUUGCCGCCAAAGUCCGGAAGUAAUGUAGCAAAGCCCAUAUUAUGCACUUCAUCAGCAUCGUCGUCUCGAAGAAGCAGCUUGAAGAAAAAAGUCCGAUUUCCACCGGAGCAGCCAAAAGUGAUCGUAGCAGGCCAUCGACUUCUGAUUUGCGAUCCUGCGGUCGAGUGA